AUGGCUGAAUGCAAAUCAGUAGCUACUCCUUUGAUAGCAAAUGAGAAAUUGAAGAAGGAAGAUGGUGUAAAAGAAGCCGAUGCAGCAACAUAUAGGAGUUUAAUUGGAAGUUUACUCUACUUGGGUGCCACUCGGCCUAACAUCAUGUAUGCAACUAGCCUUCUCUCAAGAUUCAUGCAAUGUCCAAAUCAAAUCCAUUUUGGAGCUGCUAAAAGAGUGUUGAGAUACAUUCAAGGCACAAAGGAUUUCGGCAUUUGGUAUAAACCAAGUUCUCAUUCAACUUUGACUAGUUUGACUGAUAGUGAUUGGGCUGGUUCUGUGGAAGAUAUGAGAAGCACAUCCGGUUAUUGUUUUAAUCUUGGAACUGGUGUGUUUUCAUGGGGAUCAAAGAAGUAA